AUGGAGGCGCGCAAGCGCCAGUCGAUGCCGGGCGGCAUCGCGCCGCCCAACAAAGAGAAUGUGAGCCCUGUAAAGGAACGCAGGAAGCGCACAGUGAGCAUGGGUGGCGUCAAGAGCCCCGAGCGCCGCGCACGACCCCGCAAAAGUGCCAUUCGCGCGACGCCGCAAGUGUUUCAGAGCCCGACAGGCCUCGGGCCAAACGUCGAGCGGGCGCAUAUCCGGAUGCCUAGUGAGGAUAUCGUAAAUAUGGUCGAGUCGACGACGCGCGCGUCGCUGCAGGGGCUCGUCGAUAUGCCGAUGCAGUCGCCUGGCCUCCCGAACCCGUACGCGGCCCUGCUGCACUCGCCGUCCAAGGCGUCGCCAUCCAAGGCGUCGCCGUCCAAGGCGUCGCCGUCCAAGGCCACCGGGCCGACCGGGCCGCUGAGCGCACGCAAGGAGCACACGAUUGCGAUCCCGCCAAGCGCCGAGAUCGAGCAGGCUCGCCGCCAGCGCCGAGUUACCUUUAGUGCGCACCAGGAAAAGACCGACUUUGAGCAGGACGAGCCGACGAUGAGCAUACGCCCGGCGCAGCAGCUCAUGGACCGCGGCUCGCCGGUGCCGAGCGGCGCGGAUACCUCGGAAGAGGUCUCGAUGGAUCUCACGGCCGACUCGUUUGAGAGCGACGCAAGCCAGACGAUGGAAAUGACACGCGCCUGGGAACAGGGUGCAGACGAGAGCGACGCCAGCCAGACGAUGGAAAUGACGCAGGCGUGGAAGGAGGAUGCUGACGAGAGCGACAUGUCCGAGUCGAUGCAGUUUACGGCCGCCUUUCGCGCGGCGCCGGAUGCAUCGGUCGAUACGUCCGCCGACGCCUCUGCGGACGCCUCUGCGGACGCCUCCGCCUCGAUGGAUACCACGGGCGUGUCGAGCGCAAACGAGUCGGCGAUGGAAAUGACGGCCGUCUGGGGUCAGUUUGCCGAGGCUGCGCGGUCAGCGCCGUCGACGCCGGAGCGCGACUCGCCGAAACGCUCGCCGGAGCGCCGCCAGACGAUGCUCCUUACCGAGGAGCAAAUCAGGUCGCCGAGCACGCCGCGCAUGCAGCGUGCAACGCCCCGUGCUGCGUCGCCGAGCACUCCCAAGGUCAAGUCGCCGAGCACCCCCACGAUCAAGUCGCCCCUCAAGUCGCCCGGCAUGCCCAAGGCCAUGUCGCCGAUCAAGGCGCCGAGCGUGCUGAACUCGUACAAGGCCGAGCCGAGCACGCCGCCCCCCAAAACCGAGCCGAGCACGCCGCGCUUCAAGGCGGAGCCGAGUACGCCGCCGUCGCAAAAGGGCAGCACGCCGCAUGCGCUGCAAGGCUCGCCGAGCACGCCCUCGCGCUAUCGGCAGUCGCUGCGCGGCGGCGUCCCAUCGCCCGAGUACAAGCACUCACCCGCGAAGCGCAUCGUGCCCAAGACGCCUCCGUCCGGCACGCCCGUCGCGUUUGCGACCGCGCGGCGCCCGUCGCCCGUGCGUCCCGCCGGCCCUGCGCGUGCGUCGAUCGGGGGCACAGAAGGCAUGGCGUUCCCCCGCUCCCCCUUUAUCCACUCGAUGCUCCGCCAACGCGGCCGAAUCUCGUCGCCGAUGCGCGAUAUGGACGAGAGCAUUGCCGAUACCUCGUUCCAUAUGCACCUCGACGACUUCUUGCACCUGAUCGACCUGACGUUCCACGACAAUAUGACGGCGUCGCGGACGUUUAUCGAGCGGUCUGCCCAGCGCACUGCGUCCCUCUCGCUCAUCGAUGCGGCGCGCCUGGCGAGCGGUGCGGCGCCGAUGCUGCGUACGCUGCGCAACGCGUGUGCCGAGCUGAAACAGCACAUUGAAGAAGGCAGGGAGCGUCUGCAGGCGAUGGAGGCCGACUUCUUUACGCGCCCGCCCGUCUUUGUGCAGGAAUGGAGCCAGCUGCCCGACGGCGACGUGCGGCGCAAUCUCAAGAGCCAGCUGAGUGUGCACAAGCAGGCCGCUCGCGCUGCGGCAAUGACAGAUUACUACGGCUGGCGCACAGACAUGCAGUUUGACGAGGACCAGGCUGCGUUCCUUGCGCACCACCGCAACCUGCUGCGGCGCGACGCGCUCGCGGUCGACGAGCGACGUGCGCGCCUCGUGAACACGUGUCUGCCUCCGCUGCGCGCGCACCAUGCGGCGCUUGCCAAGAAGCUCGCCACGGCACAGGAGCGCCAGGCGGCGAUCGCCAACUGCGACCCCGACGAGCUCCGCACGCUGUACGAGGAGAUCGACGAGCAGGACGCCUACCUGCAAGGCGUGCGCACCGCGCACAACGACGCUGUCAGCCAGCUCACGCGCGUACAAGGGCGUGUCGACGAGACCACAAGCAAGAUCAAAGAGGCAAGUGAGGCGAUCCGCGCGGCGCGGGCGAUCAGCCAGCAGAUCCAGGGGUGCUCGCCCGGCGAGGCGGUGCGCCUCGAGCGCCAGGUCGAGCACGUGGAGCGUCUGAUGCAGUGGCGCAUCGCCAACAGCACCUCGACGCUCCUGCAGCUGACGCACUGCGAUGCGCUCCAAGUCACGCUCGAGCUGGACGCACGGCGCGGCGGCGUGAAGCGUGCCGUCAUCUCGCCGCUGUCGUCGGUUGCCGCCACGCCGAUGCACCGUGCGGCGCUCGCCGUGAUCCGUGCGCAGGUCAAGGCCGCGGCCGCGACGCAGGUGCCGGAUGUCUUGCGCACCGUCGCGCAGUACUGGUGUGUGUGCCGCGCGCUGUCCGCGGACCUCGCCAGAGCACGCGCUCACUUUCCGAUCGACGUGCGCCUCACCGACGACGGCGAAACGCUCGAGGCCGUCGCGACGGUCCUGCUCGACACUGCCCAGGCCAAGCUCCGUGUCACGAUUCCGAUCCACCUCGCGGCCGAGCCGCCGGUGCUCGCGAGCGCCGUGCAGGUCGAGGCCGUGUACGGCAAUGCAGACCGCAUGCGCUUGGGCAUGCGCUCCUCACGGCGCGCCGCGCAGUAG